AACGUCAUUGCGAAAACAAAAAGGAUAUCAAAAUUUAUUCACUACAGCUGAUUGGAAUGCCAAUAAGUUGAAGGGUUUUUUGAAGUAUUACUUGACAAAGAAAAGUGCUAGUUUAAAUUAGUUUCUGCGUUUUUCUUAUUUCCGCGAGUUUAUGCAACUGAUUUUUCAAGUAUAGAUAAAGGGGUGAAGGUCAAAAUUUGUGCCGAAAUUCGUGAUGUUUAAUUUUGACGGCGACUUUCGUCGUCGCCCACAGCAAAGUCUCGGUGGUGUUUCGCAAAAAUCAGAUCGUCUCAGCAUUAUCCGGAAGGCUCAGCAAGAACGCCAGAAGCGGGAAAAUAUUCGUCGUCAGCAACACGGUGCGACGGUGAUUCAAAGUUCGGUGCGCAGUUUUGUGCAACGGCAGAAUGUCAAACACCGUGAACGAGAAAGGUUCGAUGAAUACCGGAAAAUUAAUGGAUUGAAAAAGUUACAGGAUUUAGAAUAUCUGUCUCGAAGGAUUGUAUUGUUCUACCAUGUAAAAAAUAUCAAGGAUGGAGAUCGAUUGAUUUUUCUCUGUCAAUAUCUUAUUAAGAAUCAAAAAGAAGCGUUUGAGGCAGCAACAACCGAGUCGAUAUGGACAUAUCGUAUCAAAAAAUUGUUGGGAUUAUGUUUACAGCAGAUAUUUAUUCCUGAGCAUUCAUCGACCAUCCCUAUGCGCAUGUUAGAAAUUUUUUCGUCCAACAUCUAUGUAGAUAAGUACAUCGAUUCGAGUUUAAAAAAUCGUGGUCGGAAUUAUCUGGAAAACAUUUUCUGCUAUCUGAUCCGCCAAAAGUACUUUCAGAUCAUCCGCCAGCUAAUUGAAGACAAAAUACCUCCCAUAGAUGAAGAUACAACCGAACUGCCGAAUCCAGUCGGAGAUGCACUGCUGCAAAUGCUGCUCCGUCCCUUGAAGUUGAUUCCGACAGCAAACGAAUCGUUCAAUGCCAGCAUUAUGCAGUCGUUCUGUUUCUACAUGCUAUCCCCAGACUUUUCUAAUCAGAUCAAACACUACAUCGUUCCUUCGCUGGCGAAGAGCUUUGAUUUUCCGUAUAUUUCAUUGAUACACUACAUUGCAGAUGAGUAUCAGGUUCGGUUGGAUUAUCAAAACACAAUUUUGAUUGACAUCGACGACGAAAUGACCGACGGUGGAUCAAUGAUGGCUAAAAGAGCAGGGGAAAAUUCUAGCAAGAAACCCCGAAAGAGUCGACAGAAUGAAUCACUUCUGUUCACCAGUUCACUGCUUUACACUGCGAUGAAACUGAGCGAAAAUCAGUUCGAAAAUCUCAACAACGUAACACUUUAUAGUGCAUACGUGAAAGUUCUUUCAUCGAUGGUGAACAACAUCACGAAACUUCCACGUAUGUCAGCCGAAAGUUAUCACCACCGGCAGGACGUUUCUAGUGACUCCGAUUCAGAAUCCGAUGAUAUCGAGAUGCUAACCAGCGUGGAGAAUCAAACGCUACGGGAAAUUAUCAACAUGCUUAACGAUAACCAGCGAGUGGCGUUCGUGGUGAGACACGUUGACGAGAUAUUAGAUAAGCCCGAUGUGAUGCAGCAUCUGUGCCUCAUCUGUCAUAAUCUGAUGACCUACAAUCGGCUAGCUGUUUACGAGUACAAAUUGUUGUACAUGCUAGCAUCGAAACCGCAAUUUAUCCGUUCGCUCUGGUAUACCUUGACUGCCCAAACAGUAAGCCAAGGGUUCUCGUCACCAAUAUCGUUAUUAUCAAAAGGAUUGACAAUAUCCAAGUAUGACUCCGAUCGAAUUGUGCCAAUACUGGCAUCGUUUUGUGCACUGUUUGGUAGACUUAUAGCCACAUUGCAUGAUGGCGAAUUCUGCCAGGAAAACGUCCUGCCAGGAACGGUCAGCAAAAUCAUGCCAUUUACGAUUGCAGAAAUCAUUCCGCUUAGUACGACUCUAAAGGAAAUUUCACUCGGUUUGGUAGAACUAGCUUUUCCCGAAACACGAUCCUCACUGAAGGACAGCUAUCGAACCAUGUUAACCUCACUGAACAAUGAGUCCACCUCUCACUACCGAUUAAAAUGUGAUCUAAAUGAGCAAACUAAGAACGUUUGGCCCCACCUGCUGAAAGUAUGCGUUUCGUUACUACGACAAAUCCACACUCGUGACCUGCGACGAGGUUUUUGCCCUGACGGCCACUGGACGGCACAGAAUCUGAACCUUCCUUUGGAUAAACCCACCGAUUUGCAUCUGUCCCGUGGACGACGUGGACCACGGCCAUUUCAACCCAUCAGGGAUUUUACACGUGAAGAUGUGGAAGAUGGACCUCCUCUCUCAACAAAGCAGAUCCGUUCUAUAACGAUUCUGCGGGAGAUUCCAUUUGUGGUGGCGUUCAACACACGCGUCGGUGUCUUUCAGGGAUUGGUAGCGGCCGACAAACUCCGAACCCAGGGUGAUCUACAGGGAUUCUUACAGGGACCUUCAAUUCAGUUGACUAUUCGAAGGUCGCACAUGUAUGAGGAUGCAUUCGACAAGUUGAGUCCGAUAAAUGAACCGGAUCUACGGCCAAAAUUCCGCAUAGAAAUGGUUAACUCUGCCGGCAUGAGAGAAGCUGGCAUAGAUGGAGGUGGAGUGUUCAGAGAAUUUCUAUCCGAGCUUAUUAAAACUGCUUUCGAUCCGCAUCGUGGUUUUUUCAUGAUCACAAAGGACAAUAUGCUGUACCCGAAUCCGAGUGUAGGCAAAAUUGUGGAAGACUAUCAGCGACAUUACUACUUCAUCGGGCGAAUUCUGGGCAAAGCACUGUACGAAAAUUUGUUGGUUGAAUUGCCACUAGCAGAAUUUUUUCUUUCCAAACUGGCUGGGAAACAUUCUGAUGUAGACAUUCAUCAGCUGGCAUCGCUUGAUCCCGUUCUGCAUAGGAACCUUAUGUCUCUGAAGGCAUACGAAGGUGACGUAAGCGAUCUUGGAUUAGAUUUUACAAUAGUUUGUGAUGAACUAGGCGAAACUAGGAUAGAAGAGCUUAAGCCGAACGGUUCCAACAUAAUGGUGACCACGUCCAACCGCUUGGAGUAUAUUCAACUGAUGGCCGAUUUUAAACUGAACAGACAGAUACGUUCACAGUGUUUAGCGUUUCGGCAAGGUUUAGCAAAUGUGUUACCGAUUGAGUGGUUAUACAUGUUUAGUAAUAAGGAACUGCAAGUACUCAUAUCGGGUGCUGAAAUUCCAGUGGAUGUACAUGAUCUACGGCAAAAUACACGCUACGGUGGCGAUUUUACGAUAGAACAUAACACAAUCCAACUGUUUUGGAAAGUGGUAGAAGAGUUCGAUGAUAUUCAGCGGCGACAAUUGCUUAAGUUUGUCACCAGUUGCUCACGGCCACCGCUUCUGGGAUUCAAAGAUUUGGACCCUCCGUUUUGUAUCCAAAAUGCCGGUGACACAGAUCGUCUUCCGUCUGCGAGUACGUGCAUGAAUUUGCUCAAACUGCCGGCCGUCGAAAAAGAGGAAGUGCUGCGCGAGAAAUUACUUUAUGCAAUUCAGAGUGGAUCUGGAUUCGAACUAAGCUAAGAUUUGUUCUGCAUUCUAUUCCGUACCGUUGUACCAGAGGUUUAGGUUAUCGAUGCACGCGUUUUCUUUGUGGUCAGAUUUUCUGUGGUGUAAUAAUGGAGAACAUUAAUGUGAAAUAUGCUCGGAAGCUAUUCUACAGCAUGUAAGCACUUAAUGAUCCACAAGACAUGUGUAAGCAACUGUAUGGUUAUAUUUAUUUCGAAAUACUAUUUUAGACUAUUCUCAACAGAAUAACAAGUGUAUGAAUAAAAAAGAAGGUAAAUAUCAGAAA